AUGGCGACCAUUGUGGUGCAACAGCAUCCAGUGCCGCACACCUCGACUCCGCCGCCACUCUCCUCUGCCCUGAGUCUCGGCGCCUCUGCUACGAGAAGCCAGACGCCCGUUCCGAACAAGCAUCUUCCGGCCUGUCCCGCUGGCCCGCCGCCUGCCAGCUCAAAGAUCCCCUCGCAGCCCAUAUCGACCACAAAGCCCGUCCAGGCAUAUCUGUUCCCACCCAGCAAAUUCCCCAGGAUACACGACAAUCCCUCGAUUUAUACCAUAGAUGCGCACCAGUUGGCUGCUGCCCUUGAUGAAGCAGCCACACGCCCAUUACCGGACCCCAACAAGGUGUUCCCGUGGCUACAUGGCUUGCAUCCCGAGAACCAAUUCCAGCUGGCCUUUUUCGUACCCCGCCGAAGAACAUUACGCCGUGUGCCCAAGUGCCUGAGGAAUAUAACCAUUGUCAAGGUCGGUGGGGACUUGUCAAGAUCCAAAAUCAAAGGCGCCGUUACUCCUGAUGAAAUCAUCAAUGGCUCUGUGUUCCUGGAAGCAGACCCACCAGUUGGCUUUUCUGUCCGUAAUUUCCAUAUUCAAACCGCCAAACUUGCUCCCACUUCAGACAUUGUCAUAUAUGGCGAUGACAGUGUGAAGCCGACCCAGUUAAUAUCUCUGGCAAAGCGAAUUUCAUCAGCGCAGGAAGCAUGGAGGAAGAGAUUCGAUCCUGGAGAGGAACUCCGUCUCGUCAACACCUUUAUCCUUUCUACUCCUUUCCAACACUUUCAGGACCAGCACCCUGAAUUUGUAGCGAUAAAUUCCAGCGGUUUAAUGGAUGGUCGGAUAAUGGAUUUUUUCCGGUGGGAAAAGGUUGAAAUGUGUACCAUGUCUCGCGCAUCAGAAAUAUCAAAGAAUGUUUUUCUAGGUCAUACUCCGGAGCUAUCUGUUCCGAGGCAGAAGACUGGGUUUGAUCUUAUGAUCGAAACUCACGACGCUGCUACUAUUCCGGAUUGUCGGUAUCUCAGGAAAGUCUCGACGCUCCUAGAAAAAGGGCCACAGUGUAUCGAGUUUCCCUCGUCUGGUAGUAUUGUUGCAUCUGAAUUAGGCCAGGUCGAAGCAUCCGAUAUUAUUCACACUUGCAAGUGGAUUUAUGACAUCGCAAAUUCCCCUCGGCCUAGAACCCACGACAUAGAAGUGCCGGACGAGGAUGGAGACAUCCCAAUGACGCCUCUUAGCUCUCUUCCUCGAAAGGUGCUAAUUCAUUGUUCUGACGGAUAUACGGAGAGUACUCUCUUAGCCAUAGCGUAUUUCAUGUUUGCGGAAGGAGUCCCAGCUCACGAAGCCUGGCUGAGGCUGCAUUGCGACAAAAAACGAAACUUUUUUGCGUAUCCAUCGGAUGUCACGUUCCUAACCACGAUCCAACAUAAAUUGCUUCGUUCGAGUCCUGCUGCACAGAGCAAGCUGUUGAGUCAACCUGAUCCCAACUGGAUGUCACGGCUGGAUGGCUCGCUCCCCAGCAGAAUUCUGCCGUACAUGUACCUGGGCAAUUUAACCCAUGCAAAUAACCCGGAGCUGCUGCGUGCACUUGGUAUAAAGCGGGUGUUGAGCAUUGGCGAACCGGUAUCCUGGCCUGACGAAGAGCACAAAAACUGGGACCCAGACAGCGUGACAAUGAUAGACGACGUUCAGGACAACGGGAUAGAUCCCCUCACUAAGGAGCUGGAUCGUUGUUUGAAAUUUAUUGAAAAGGGGAAACUCGACGGCACAGCCACUCUGGUUCAUUGCCGCGUCGGUGUUUCGCGAUCGGCGACCAUUUGCAUUGCAGAGGUGAUGGCGUCGCUGGGGUUGUCCUUUCCCAGGGCAUAUUGUUUUGUGCGCGCGAGAAGGCUCAAUGUCAUCAUCCAACCACAUCUUCGUUUUGUGUAUGAACUUCUCAAAUGGGACGAGUAUCUGCAGCAGAAGCGAAACCAGCCUCUACGGCGCGAUUUAGAAUGGACAUCAAUUGCCCGUGAGAUCGCUCUCAUGAACAAACCGUAUUCAAGGCAGCAAUGA